AAUGAUUUAGGGGUCAACUGGCACAACUCUGGAUUCAGUGGAAUUCAUACUUUUCUGCGUGGAGCCGUAGCGGAGCAUGUAGGCGUAUGGUUAACUCCUCCUUCAGCGCUGGGGGGACUGGAGGAGGGCAGUCAUCGCUUUGUCUUGCCCAAGUAGAACACGCCGUCUCGCUGCAUCUCCUGCUGCCGGGCUUCCAGAUAUUUGCCCUAGAAAAAAAGGAUGUGGUGACUUCUGUGGGAUCUCCAGGCAGGAAUAAAGAAAGAUGCCAGCUUUGGAGCUGCGGAGGCAGAGGGAUCGCACCGCUGUCCUUGGGUUAUUCCUCAUCGCUGCUCUUGUUGCGGCUGUCCAGAGUGCCUGCGAUGCUCCACCGCGUCUCCCAUCUGCAGAACUGAAAGAGCAAUUCCAAGGCAUUGCCACAUUUCCCUUUAAUUCAGUGGUGGAAUACGUCUGUCGUCCAGGUUACACAAAAAAUGCUAACACCCGAAACACCCUCAUUUGUGGGAGGAACACUCGGUGGCACGGAACAAAGGAGAUGUGUAUACCAAAGCCGUGCCCCUACCCUGGAGAGCCAACCAAUGGCAGACUGGUCCUGGCAGAAAAGUUCUUUUUUGGUUCAUCGGCAAAUUUCACCUGCAACACUGGGUACAGACUUGUUGGAAAUUCUGAAAUUUACUGUGUCAUUAAAAAUGGGGUCGUUACAUGGGAUCGAGAUAUCCCCAUCUGCGAGGCGAUCCCGUGCUUACCCCCUCCAGAAAUAGCUAAUGGAGAGCACAGCGGAGCUGGCCAAGACCAGUUUGAGUACGGAGCGUCUGUCACUUACUGGUGCCACACUGCCAAAAGGGGAGAGAGACCUUUCUCGCUGGUGGGAGAUGCCUCUAUUUUCUGUACAACCACAGAUAACAUCAACGGUGUCUGGAGCAAGGCAGCCCCGGAGUGCAAAGUGGUGAACUGUGAGCAUCCAGCUGUGGAGAACGGGAGGCUGCUGAGCGGGUACCAGGCUGAGUACACCUACAGGGACACUGUCAUGUUCGACUGCAACUUCCGCUACGCCAUGAACGGCAGCGAAACUUCCAUGUGCAAAGAGAACGGCCUCUGGGACCCUCCGCUGCCGCUCUGCCAGCGCAGCAGCUGUGAUGACCCUCCAGACGUGUGGAAUGCUGUUAAAGCAAAACUUGCUGGCAAUUUGUUUCCGGUGGAGACCGUCAUCACCUAUGAGUGCAGGGAGGGCCACCAGUUCAGCCCGGGAGAAACCACGCGGCACAUUAAGUGUCUGCCGGAUUUUACAUGGACUGAAACUCCAAAUCCUUGCGAAAGAAUUCGUUGCCCAGAUCCAGACAUGGGGAACGGAAGGCCCGUAAACACAUGGGAAAAGAAAGAUGACUACAGGUAUGGAGACAGACUGGAAAUUACGUGCAAUGACGGCUACGCUUUCAAAGGUCGCAGCGGUAACGUUGUGCUUCGGUGCACAAGUGAUGGUAGAUGGGAGCCAGCAGUACCGGAGUGCACUCCAGAACCUCGUUGCCCAAGGCCAGAUAUUGCUCAUGGAAGAGAAGUUUAUACAAGCACAAAUGGCUACACAGUUGGGACCCGACUGAGGCUGAUGUGUGAUUCAGGCUAUGUCCUCAGAGGCCAGGACUCAACUGAGUGUCGGGCUAAUGCAAGCUGGGCUCCCGCGUUACCGUUUUGUGAUAAAGCCUGCGUCCCCCCUCCACAAAUCCCCAACGGGCAGCACUCUGGCUCGGGAAGGGAGCACUUCCCCUACGGCACAGAGGUGACGUACAGCUGUGCCGAGGGUCUGUCCCUCAUCGGGGACGCCUCCAUCCACUGUACCUCUGAUGAUGGGGAGGACCUGGUGUGGAGCGGACCUGCCCCGGAGUGCAGGGUGGUUCGGUGCCCCAAGCCCACAGUCGAGAGAGGAAGGAUGACUCCGCAGAAGUUCAUGUUUUCCUACGGGGUGGACGUGCGGUUCUCCUGUGAUGAAGGCUUCAAGCUGCAGGGCUCUGCCGAGAGCCGGUGCCAGGCUGAUGGCACCUGGCACCCUCCCCUGCCCACCUGCCAGCCGGUUUACUGUAUCCGACCCUCAGUACAAGAGGACCCACUGAUUUACACUUCUAGAUUGCGAUAUGAGGUGAAUGAAACGCUGUCCUUCGUCUGCAGACAAGGUAUCCGUCAACCAGUGACUUCAGAAAGUACCUGCUCAGCUAACGGCACGUGGGUACCACCACCCACUUGUAAAAAACGUGAUACAUGUGAGAAGAUUCUUCAAAACAGGGAAGCGUUCCAGUGUGGAAUUCCUCUGGAAGAACUGAAAACUCUGCUGGAAGUCCAGAAACUGUACCUGGAGAUCCGGAAACUGGAAUUGGAGCUAAGACCCGCAGGAUAUGGCUGACUGUCGUCGCUGCUAUCAUAUGAACCCCCCUCUUCGUGCGUUGUAUAAUCAUGUUGACAGGAUUUUGUUUAUGACUUUAUAAUUCAUGCUGAUACUUAAGUAGCCAGAACAAAAAUCACCUAUCAAGGAACCUUGUUUGGUCAUAUGGGGAGUCAGAAAGUGUGGACUUCUGGCUGCCUCUACUAGAGCUCACUAGGUUAGGUUUGUACUUCACUUUAUACCUUUCAAAGCUUUGCAUUUAGGUAUGUUUCUUAUACUGAUGAGUGCACAGAAAAGAACUGAGUGGGAAGUAAAGGUCUGCCAGAGCCUUGCAGACACGGUACAGACAGGUAUGAGCAUGGUGAGACCAACCCACACCUGUCCCACCGCUCUUCAGCUGCAAUGCCGUAUAGCCCAGUGCUGUUCUAUUCGGAUCCAUCACAUUCAUUGCCGCGGACAAGCACGUAACUGCCUGAUUGCUGUCACCUUCAGAGCAGGUGAAGAAAACCUCAAAGCCCCUUUUCUAGCAAAACAAAAACGCCAGAUUUCCUUCUCAAGGAGGACAGAUCUACCUGAGGCUGCGAUACUGCUGCUCGCUGCAUCCUUCUGUGUGCACCGAGAGCUGUUGUUGGAAAUAGAAGUGUAAAGCAAAAGCAGCGGCUGAACAGUUCUGUGAUGUCCAUUACAGGGGAAGCACUCUGUGAGCAGGCGCCUGGUGAUGGGUCAGCCCUUCAGUGCAACGUUAUAAUAAAGCUGCGAUUGUAACGA